CAUUAUACUGUUUUAGAUAGUCAACGGACAUGGCGAUCUCCAAUCCCUCGUCCAGCGCUGAAACUCCACUCUUAGAAGAGGAGGGCAUAAAAGGCUGCCUUGACUACAAUGGCCGCCCUGUCAACAGAACCAAGUGCGGGGGAUGGACUUCCGCUUCUUUCAUCAUAGGUGUAGAAAUUGCUGAGAGGUUUGCUUACUGCGGAAUCGAGUCCAAUCUUGUGACUUACUUAACGGGGCCUCUGGGUCAGUCCACGGCCACUGCCGCUGAGAAUGUCAACGCCUGGUCUGGUACAGCGAUGCUUCUGCCACUCUUGGGGGCAUUCGUUGCUGAUUCUUUUCUUGGCGGAUACCGCACCAUUAUUGCUGCUUCUCUUAUUUACAUUUUGGGCCUAGGCUUGCUAACUUUGUCAGCUGCUCUUCCUUCUGUCGACUCUUCUGGCUGUGAAAAAGCUGAUACCAGCAUACUAUGUUCUUCUCCUUUGUUACAAGAGAUAAUAUUAUUCUUCUCACUCUAUCUAGUAGCAUUUGGACAAGGCGGACAUAAACCAUGUGUUCAAGCUUUUGGUGCAGAUCAGUUUGAUACACAAGACCCAGACGAGUGCAAAGCAAAGAGUUCAUUCUUUAAUUGGUGGUAUUUUGGUUUAUGUUCUGGCACUUUAGCAGCAUUUUCAGUUUUAAAUUAUAUCCAAGACAACCUUAGUUGGGUUCUUGGAUUUGGGAUCCCCUGUAUCAUGAUGGUUGUUGGUCUGGUUGUUUUCUUGUGUGGAUCAACUAGUUACCGGUAUAAUGUCAAAGGGGAUGAGAAGAGUCCAUUUGUGAGAAUUGGUCGGGCGCUCAUUUUAGCUGUUAGGAAUUGGAGAACAUCAGCUGCAGAAGAAGAAGCUCAUGGGACUCUGCCUUCAGAAAGUUCCAAGCAAUUCAAAUUCCUAAACAAAGCCUUGCUUGCCCCGGAUGGUUCAAAGGAACAUGGAAAGGUGUGCAGCAUCGGAGAGGUUGAAGAAGCAAAGGCUGUUCUAAGGCUAGUUCCAAUAUGGGCUACAAGCUUGGUUUAUGCUGUUGUCCAAGCACAAUCCUCAACCUUUUUUACCAAACAAGGAGCUACCAUGGACAGAUCAAUUACAACAGGUUUUAAAAUACCUGCAGCUUCACUUCAGUCAUUCAUCAGCUUCACUGUUGUUAUAUCCAUUCCUAUAUAUGACCGCGUUUUUGUCCCUUUAGCAAGAGCCUGGACCGGAAAACCUGCUGGAAUUACAAUGCUUCAGAGAAUUGGAACUGGAAUGUUUCUAUCUGCUAUAUUAAUGGUAAUUGCUGCUUUAGUAGAGAUGCAGAGACUUAAAACUGCUCUAGAAUAUGGGUUGGUGGACAAGCCGAAUGCCAUGGUUCCAAUGAGUGUUUGGUGGCUAGUUCCUCAAUAUGUUCUGCUCGGAUUGUCUGAGAUGCUCACCAUGGUUGGUCUUCAAGAAUUUUUCUAUGAUCAGGUCCCAAAUGGAUUAAGAAACAUUGGUCUUGCACUCUACCUUAGCAUCUUUGGCGUUGGAAGCUUCUUGAGUAGCUUUCUCAUCUCUGCCAUUGAAAAUGCCACUGGUAGGAAUGGUGGAGAGAGUUGGUUUCCAAAUAAUCUAAAUCGAGCACAUCUUGAUUACUUCUAUUGGCUGCUUGCUGCACUUAGUUCCGCUGAAUUGACUCUCUACUUGUAUUUUGCCAAAGCUUACAUUUAUAACAAGGCAAGUAGACCAAUGCAGUCUUAAAUUGUUGUACAAAAGAAAAAUGAUAAACAAAAAAGGGAUGUCGUGAUCAAUGAUUCUAGGUCUCAGCAUCAGAUCGAUUGUUGUAACUGUAAUGUUUAGUAUUUUUUUUUUAAUUCUUUUUAACAACUAUAUUUUAAG